CAGUGCGCAUGCGCUGCGCCAGAAACGUUCCGACGCCGUCAGUAGGCGCCUCUGUUUGCGCGGGAAGAUGGCGGAGCGGGUCCCCAAGUCGGUGCUGUUCGUGUGUCUGGGUAACAUCUGUCGAUCACCCAUCGCAGAAGCAGUUUUCAGAAAACUUGUCACUGAUCAAAACGUUUCCGAUGCUUGGAGCGUGGCCAGCGGCGCUGUUUCCGACUGGAACGUGGGCCGGUCUCCGGACCCGAGAGCUGUGAGCUGCCUGAGAAACCAUGGCAUUGACACAGCCCAUAAAGCCAGACAGGUUACCAAAGAAGACUUUGCCACAUUUGAUUAUAUACUAUGUAUGGAUGAAAGCAAUCUGAGAGACUUGACUAGAAAAAGUAAUCAAGUUAAAAACAGCAAAGCUAAAAUCGAGCUACUUGGAAGCUAUGAUCCAGAAAAACGACUUAUUAUCGAGGACCCCUACUAUGGGAAUGACUCCGACUUCGAGACCGUGUACCAGCAGUGUGUGCGGUGCUGCAGGGCCUUCCUGGAGCAGACCCGCUAGCUGGCCACCCUCGCCGCAGCCGCCGGUAUCGGGCGAGGGCCAGGGGUGACGUCUAGCAGCUCCAGGCCAGCGCUGCGACUCCAGCUGACCUGCUAUUUCUGGUCUUAAAAGUAGUUGUAGAUGGAAACCAGUUGUUGUGUUUGGCCAAAGAAUAAAUAAAUACCUUGGACUCAGACCGUCUGUGGGGCCCGUGAAGUUUCUUAGACCAGCGGAGUCUCCCCUUUAUCCAGUCACGACAAAACCCUGCCACAAACCAGCAGAACCUAACACGUCAGACAUCACUACGGCCCAGAGUGCUCUGCGCUGCCUCUCCCUGACGUCUGCGGACGAGCAGUGUGUCCCCGACGCUCUGUGCACCAGGCCUGCCGUCCAGCAGCCCAGACAAGACGUGUGGACCUACACGCGUGCACGUUUGCACAUUUACGAUAGGACAGAAAGCUUUAUGGCAUUUGUCUUAGCACCUGGGACACUUCCUAGUUUCUGUCUAGUUUAUUUCAUGAGGAAGUCAUCUCACUUGCUCCCAUGUGAGUCCCUUUGCCUCUGGAGUGUAAUUAUAUUCAGAAAACAGGACCUGUGAUUGCUGGUCUAUCUUGUGGUCAGUUUGAAGACGUGUCUGCUUUUAGAUGCGUAUGUAACCCCAAUGUCAAAUGUACAUUAGUUUAGAUGAAAAAAUUAAUGAAAAUUGGGAAAAGUUCCUAUGUUAGAAUGCUUAAAUAUUGAUAUUCUUCCAUCAGUGCUUAAUUUAUAAGCAAGUAAAGAUAAUUUCUCUGUACUUUGUGAUAACGAAUUUAAAAUUCUCAUGGCUAUCUGUCAAAAAAGACUUCAAAAUAAACGGGGGAAAUUAGAAAAAUACAACUAAGGUGUAA